AGAGGAAGCGGAAGUGUCAGCGCAAGCGGAAGUGGUACUGCCCUGAACAUCCCAAGCACCGAGAGACGGAGGACGGAGAGACUCCCCAUUACAUCGGCCACACAUAAAAAGCAAGAAUUAAAGUACAUUAAUAAUUGUGACCAUGGACAAGAGUGACCUGGUACAGAAAGCCAAGCUGGCCGAGCAGGCCGAGCGAUAUGACGACAUGGCGACGGCGAUGAAGGCGGUGACGGAGCAGGGCCAGGAGCUCUCCAACGAGGAGCGCAACCUGCUGUCGGUGGCCUACAAAAACGUGGUGGGGGCCCGCCGGUCCUCCUGGCGCGUCAUCUCCAGCAUCGAGCAGAAGACGGAGGGCAACGAGAAGAAGCAGCAGAUGGCGCGCGAGUACCGCGAGAAGAUCGAGACGGAGCUGCAGGACAUCUGCAAGGACGUGCUGGGACUUCUGGACAAGUACCUCAUCUCCAAUGCGAGUCAGGCGGAAAGCAAGGUGUUUUACCUGAAAAUGAAAGGAGAUUACUACAGAUACCUGUCUGAGGUGGCAUCUGGAGACUCCAAGAAGACCACGGUGGAGAACUCUCAGCAGGCCUACAAGGACGCUUUCGAAAUCAGCAAGAAGGAGAUGCAGCCCACGCACCCGAUCCGGCUGGGCCUGGCCCUCAACUUCUCCGUCUUCUACUAUGAAAUCCUCAACUCCCCCGAGCAGGCCUGCAGCCUGGCGAAGACGGCGUUUGAUGAAGCCAUCGCCGAGCUCGAUACCUUGAACGAGGAUUCCUACAAAGACAGCACCCUGAUCAUGCAGCUACUAAGGGACAACCUUACUCUGUGGACAUCAGAAAACCAGGGCGAUGAGGCGGAUGCUGGCGAAGGAGAGAACUAAUGGUGUUGCACUAGUGAUCCCUUCACUCUUUCUCUCUCUCACACACAUACCCCAUUCCGUCAUCUUGGCCCCUCCCCCUCUCUGUAUGACAUCAGUUGUACCCGACCAACCGGUUGUGCCCUUCUCUGAUAUCUCCGAGGUGACAGGGUAAUGUUCCGUUCCCAGCAGAUUCAGUCUAUCCAUUGUGAAUUAACACCUGGUUUAAGAGUAGAAAGACAUUUUUUUUUUCUACUGUUAUUUUUAUUUUUUGGGGGGUUUCCUGAUCCUCAUUCCUGAUUCCAUUAUUAUUUUUUUUAAUUUGAAAGUUUCCUUCACAUAGGUUGUUGCAUUUCAUCUUUCGAUUUCCUUUUUUUUUUGUUGUUGUUGUCAUUUUUUAGUGUAAUUCGUCAUGGUAUUUGCAGGUUUAUUGUAAGGUUAUUAAACUGGCAGUUUAUUUUCACCAAACACUGUGAUGCUUAGUUUUGUGUUUUCUUACCCAUGUUUCUCUCUCUUUCUCUCUCUCUGCUUCCCCUCUCUCUCUAU